UACAAGUGCAAGUGUUACACAAAACUAGUUUAAUAAGUACAUAUGUGUUGAAACGUGACAUUAUUUUCACUGAUUCACUGCAAUAUUCUAUUACAUAUUAAAAUGAAAUAACGUCAUUUGUAAGAAUUGAAAAUAUCAUUCGUUGAACUUGUUGUCUGUGGUACUUUAAGAUAAAAUUGCAGAAAGUCUUGUUCUGAUAUUUAGAAGUUUUCAAGCAUGCUUAAAGAACAAGCAGAUAUAUACUUGUAAAUUAUAUAAGAGGACAUAAAACUAUUCAUAGUAACAAAACUACAUUCAUAUUGUUCCGCAUCUAUUAGGAAAAUCCAAAUAAUCUAACGGAUAUGCAACAGAUAUACAAAUCAUUUUACUUUUAAUAUCUCUGAUGACGUUUCAUUUGAAAAAAGAAACUAAACAACAAAAAUAACCAACAAAAUUGUGUUGUUUUGUUUUUUUAAAUAAUAUUUAAUGUGAAGCAGUGCAGAACAAAAUGUUAUCAGAAACUCGGGAAACUUAUAAAAAUCAUUUGUGUAAGAGGAUAAAAAAAGAAUCCAUUAAAAAUCACCAAAGCUUGUUAGAGAAUGGAUGUUUGGAUGGAAUGUUUGUCACAACCGUUUUUCUUCUCGAUACGUCAGCUAGCAUGACUGGGACAGGCCUUGAGCAGAUGAAAACUGCGUUUAAGAAUAUUAUCCACGAGUUUUCUCAGCAUUCAUCAAUAACAGAAAACGUCACAGUAAUGACGUUCGGACAGGACGUAAAAGUUAUCCAGUAUUAUUCUUGUGAUCACGCAGAAGUCACAAAAUGUGUCGAUUAUUUAGAAUGCCAAGGGAAUAGUCCAUUGGAGGCUGGACUUCUGUUCUCUUUAUCAGGCAUCAAUACAGUUCCGUAUACAGCUUUGGGAUCACUCAAUGUCAGAACUAGAUUAGUUAUUAUUACUGAUGGUAAACAUACAGAUAUCGGUGCCCAACACGACGAGGAAAUAUUUGAGGCAUUAAGUUUUAACAAAACAGGUACAGAAGUUAUCGAUUUAGUAAAAGAAAUGGGAAAAUGGAACCCAAUAUUCUGUAUUCCAGUUGGAGAUGACCCAGAUAUAUGUUUUCUUGGCACAAUGAUAUUGGGAUCAGAGGGGGGUAAACUUGUUCCCUAUUACGAAGCCAGACAGCUUGGAAGAUAUUCUGUGAACAUAAAUACUGCAUCAAAUGUCCUUCAACAGUUGCCUCUUGAAGAUCUUUUGUCGCCAGGAGAUAUCAAAAUGGAAGUUUCAAAAAUAGUCGAUGUAUCAGAACAAGAUUUGAAUGAUAUUUGUGAAAUCGUUGGAAAAAGAAAUGUGUACAAAUGUGGAAGGGAUGUUAAAGAUGAAAUCGAAAAAGAAAAGGAAACUGAGUUCCAAGAAAAAUAUUUGCACAUGCCUAAAAUAGGAACACGUGUUCGCAGAGGACAAGAUUGGAAGUGGAAAAACCAAGACGGACAAGGACCCGGUACGGUUGUGGGACAUUCAAAAAGAAUUGGAUGGAUUAAUGUUGAAUGGGAUAAUGGCAUUUUACUGCCAUAUAGAUUCGGAAAUAAUGGUUUUAUCACUGCAUACGAUAUUGAGCCUUGUGAUGAACCAAGGAUACUUGAAAGCCAGCCAAUAGCUGUUGGGUGUCUUGUUCGUAGAGGUCCUGAUUGGAAAUGGAAUAACCAAGAUGGAGGAGCAGGAAAUAUUGGAACGGUUUAUAGACUUAAAACUGAAACGGAAAUUUAUGUUCGAUGGCCAAAUGGAAACAAGAGCAAUUACAGAUAUGGAUAUAAAAGCUGUUACGAUGUGGAAAUAUGUGAUCCGUUUGACCCAGCUGUAAUAGAAUCAGUGAAACGUCAAAAGAAAGGUGUAAAAUGAAUCUAAAGAAGAAAAUAAUGGUGACUACUUUUACGAAAGAAGUAUUCAAUAUAAGACUUUUUGGUGAUUAGGAUAUAUAUGAAUGACGCCUCAAUUUUUUAAAACUGAUUUUAUGGAUACUUAGUGA